AUGUUUACUCAUGUGCUUUUCAAUGUUGUCAUUCCAGAUCAUAAAGCUGAUGCAUUUCGUCUUCCUUACAGAGUAGAGCCUGGUGUUGGAAAUGUCAUUGUAUCUAAUUUACUUGGCGGUUUUUCUCGUUGGGAUGCACAAUAUUUCAUGCAUAUUACUUUAUAUGGCUAUACUCAUGAAAACACAUUAGCUUUCUUUCCUUUAUUUCCUCUUUUUUUGAAGUGGUUGUCAUGCUUAAUCUCAUUUAUAUUUCCUUCAUUUUUUUCAAGUUUGAACUGUGUUCUUUUGGUUGGAACUUUACUGAAUUGUAUUCUUUUCUCUAUAGCUGCAGUAUUUUUGUUUAAAUUGACUCACACAGUAUUUCAUUCAGAACUCUUUGCUUUUACAUCUAUCUUUUUAUUUUGCAUUAAUCCUGCAUCAGUUUUUUUUUCUGCUUUAUACUCUGAAAGUUUAUUUUCAUUUUUUACUUUUAGUGGUCUUUGGGCAUUAGAAAAAAACAAAAUAUUUUGGGCUUUAAUUUCUUUAACUUUAAGUGUUGGUGUCAGAUCAAAUGGUGUAUUAUCAGUUGGAUAUCUCAUUUAUGUUAUCCUUAAGGAAUAUCUCUACUUGAAUUUUCUUGAUCAACAGACUUUUCGUGCUAGGAUAAUCUUAUUCUUCAAAACAGCAGUAAAGCUUUUAUUAUAUGUUUUUAUUUUUAUAUUACCAUUUUUUGCUUAUCAAUUGUAUUGUUACUGGUUAUUUUGUGUUUCUGAUUUCUCAGAAGUUGAAUUGCCUGAUAUUGUUGUUGAGUUUCUAAUAAGAAAUGAUUUAAAACUUCCUUCUGAACCAAGCAAAUGGUGUUUCUGGAAUAUACCCCUGGCUUAUUCUUAUGUUCAGUCUCGUUACUGGAAUGUUGGCUUUCUUACAUAUCACACUGUAGUGCAGAUUCCCAAUUUCUUACUUGCUGCACCAAUUCUAAUAUUAAUGAUAUUUUCAAGUAUCAAAUACUUUAACAAAAACAGAAGAUUUCUAUGGCAUGCUGGUCUUCUUGUAAUGGAAAAUGAUGAUCUUACUGACAUCUAUAAUUGUACAAGAUGCUUUCCGUAUUUUCUUCAUGUUUUCACAUUGACCAUAUUCUGUGUGCUUUUCAUCCAUGUUCAGGUCACAACAAGAAUUUUGUGUUCAGCCACUCCCAUAGUAUAUUGGAUUUCAGCAAUGGCUGUUCUACCAAACAGUGAGAGAGCAAGAAUGAAGCUGAUGAAAGAUUAUAAAGAUUAUUCAUAUCAAGGGUUUCUAGCUGCUAAUAUGCACUUCAUAAAGAAAAUUUAUAUGCAUUCAACUUUUUAUGGGAAAUUCAUUUUCUGGUAUUUUAUGUGUUACUUUUUUAUUGGUAUUUCCCUUCAUGUUAAUUUCUUUCCAUGGACAUAAAGAUGUAAUUUUUUUUAAAUAAUAGAAAUCAUAGAUGUAAAUUAA